AGCUAAAAUAAUUGAAGAUCGACUUCCGUUUUAUUACUAUUAAACACAGUUUUGCAAAGGGCUGUAUUAAUUAGUGACACCUAUUUUUUUCUUGUUUGAAACAACGAGAGACCUUUAGACAACAGGUGGCGCUUAUUUCUCACCUGUAGGUGUUUGAGAUCCUGAUUGUUUAAUUCAAGAGAAAGCGGACUCUGCUGUCUCAUUUCAUAUGUCGCUGCAGGUUGUUGAAAUUAAUCAGAUAAGUAGAUUAUGUAAUAGUGCCACUUGUCUAACGCAUCCGGGUUUAUCUUUUAAACGGCCUGCAGUUUGUGACUAUGCUUCUAAAACUUAAUUAAUUUCAUUAAAUGUUGGAAUAAAAUCCCAGCUCUCCAGAAAACAAAAGGACGAGUCCGAGAGGAGAGCUGCCCGCACACCGAGACCUGGCGAUUCAGCUCCCCGGGUCAGGAUCGUAUUUCCUCGGCUGCUCGGUCUGAGAGCCGCCGGUCUCUGGGCUUCUGUUAUAGAAGGAUGUCCGCUUCUUCAGCGGCUUUACCGAGACUCCUGGGAGGAUUCUCCUCAGAGGAGCGACUGGUCCCUCCAGCAGAUGAGUCACCUCUCAAGAGCACCCAUUGUCAGAAGAAGCCCAAGUUUUGCUGCUGGUUCCUGGUUCUGUUCUUCCUGCUGGUUGUUUUCUGGUGUUGCGUUGUGUCAUGGUGGGAGAAUUUUCCGCUGCACAAACACUAUGACGGGUUCUCUAACCAAUGCUAUAAAGAUAAAGAACCUGUGUUUCAGGUCAACCAAAAACACUCUGGUAUGCUCACUGAAACUCAUACAACCACAGAACCCCCUACUGUGCAGCCUGGUAUUCGCUACCAUCAAGCCUAUCCACGCAACUACCAGUUUGUAAUGGACAACAGAGAUGUUUGCAAAAGCAGGACACCUUUCCUGGUCCUGAUGGUUCCAGUGGCACCACACAAUGUUGCAGCCCGGGAUGCAAUCCGACAAACGUGGGGAAAGGAAAGCGUGGUUCAGGGCGAGGUGGUCCUCACGUUGUUCAUGUUGGGCUUGUCUAAUGAUGCUGAUACCGAGAAGAUCAAACAGGAGAACGAGCAGCACCACGACCUGAUCCAGAGUAGCUUCAUGGACACGUAUCUCAAUCUGACCAUCAAAACCUUGGUGAUCAUGGACUGGCUGGCCACACGCUGCCCAACAGCAGCAUAUGCAAUGAAGGUUGACUCUGACAUGUUCCUGAACAUUGACAACCUGGUGAUGAUGCUACAGAAACCAGGAAUCCCCAAGCUAAACUACCUGACAGGAAUGCUUAUGUGGGACAGGCCAGUAAUCCGAUCAAAGGACUCCAAGUGGUACGUUCCAGAGGAGAUGUACCCUGAUCCUCAAUAUCCAACAUACACUCUGGGUAUGGGUUACGUCUUUUCCAACGAUCUUCCAUGGAAAUUUGUAGUAGUUUCAAAAUACAUCAAACCCUUUAACAUAGAAGACGCCUAUAUUGGAAUGUGCAUGAAAAAACUUGGACUUGCUCCAACCUCGCCACCAGAUCCUUCCCAGUUCAAGGCCUAUAACUCAAAGUACAAUCGCUGUGAAUACUCUAAAAUCAUUACCUACAUCCUGGGCACGUCAGAGGAACUGAAAAAAACCUGGAACGAUUAUAAAAAGCCUGGACUGCAUUGUUAGAGCCACAGAUACUGGAAAUACAGAAAAGUAACCUAAAAUUAAUAUUUUUUUAUACUGCAUAUUUUUUCUUUAUUUUUUUAACUUGUUGUUUGAAAAAUAAGACGCAUGCAAUAUGCAUUGAUGUGCUGGCUAACAUGUUGGUGCAAACUUUUAUAACUACUUUCUAAAUCUUGAACUGGGUUAAGAUAAAGUAGCUCAUUUUAGAGAUCAGUUAUGUGUCAAAGUUGCUAACUAAAGUUUUAUCUAAUUGUUUUUAUUUUAAAUAUUUGGAUAAUUGUCUUUGCAGUGAAUGCUCAUGUAAAUGGACCAACAUUAUGUUCAUGCAUUAUCUUUGGAACGUAAUACCUUUUUUAACAAAAUAAAAUUUAAAGAC